CACGCAGCGGUACUGGUCCAGGUCCAGAUCCAGACCUGGUCAUGGCCCACGCAUUCAUCCAGGUGUUUUUGUCCCUCUGCAGCUUCGGGCUGCUGUCUGCAAACGUCACUUCAACAGAGCCGUUUAACCUUCGCUUGGUGGGAGGAUUCAGCCUCUGUCAGGGAGAACUGGAGCUUCAAAUGUCUUCUCUAAAAUGGACAGCAGUGAAGCCACACAACUUUAACCUGCAGUUUGCAAACAGAGUGUGUGCCCAGCUAGACUGUGGCACUGCUCUGUCUGUUCAGAUGAAAACAGGUUCAGUAAAAGAAGUAGCCCAACUCUUACCUGACUGUGUGGAGAGUUCUUUGAGACGGUGUUUCAGGAGUGAUACUGUUUCCUCUGAGUACAGUCUGGAGCUGCACUGUUCAGAGUCGGUGCGGCUGGUCUCUGGGCCCAGUCUGUGCUCAGGAUCACUGCAGAUCCACCAGAACCAGUCCUGGACCCGGGUCUGUGAAGAGGCCUUGACCCAGCGGGGGGCAGAGGUGGUGUGCAGGGAGCUGGGCUGUGGGGCUCCUUCUCUCUCCCAGGGGGGUUUCUCUGUAGAAGGACAGGUUCUUCUGGGGCAGAUGUUCUACUGUGAGGGUCAUGAGUCUUCUCUGAUGGACUGUCCCAGCUCCAGCUCAGACACCUGCUCCUCAGGGCGAGCCGUGAACCUCACCUGCUCAGACCCGGACCAUGUCAAACUAGGAAGGCGUUGUGAUGGAUUGAUUUCAGUUAAACACCAGGGCGAAUGGAGAAAUGUGGACAUGACGGAGUGGAACCUGGAAACAGCAGCUUCACUGUGCCACCGAUCUAACUGUGGGACUGUGACUUCAUUCGGUGAGGCCCUUCCUUCACUUAUGCCUUCUUGGCAACUCAGCUCGUCCUGUGUCUGCUCCACAUCUUCCCUGAGAGAGUGUGUGACUGUACAUCAUAUAAAUGUAGAUUACAUCUGGCCACUUGUCUGUUCAGAGUCGGUGCGGCUGGUCUCUGGGCCCAGUCUGUGCUCAGGAUCACUGCAGAUCCGCAUGGACGAGUCCUGGACCUGGGUCUGUGAAGGGGCCUUGAACCAGCUGGGAGCAGAGGUGGUGUGCAGGGAGCUGGGCUGUGGGGCUCCUGGAGAGGGCCAGGUUCUUUUGGGGCCGGUGUUCCAAUGUGAGGGCCAUGAGUCUACUCUGAAGGACUGUCCCAGGUUCAGCUCAGACAUCUGCUCCUCAGAAACAUCUGUGAUUCUCACCUGCUCAGAGCCAAUCAGGUUGGUGGGGGAUGCCAGUCGUUGUGCUGGAGUUGUAGAGGCGAGACACAAGGGAUGGUGGCAUCCAAUCUUAAUCACUAAAGAAUGGGACCUGCUGCAGAUGGUGUGUCGAGACCUGCACUGUGGCUCAGCUGUUUCUGGAAAAGUGAUAGAGAGAAGAAAAGUUAUUUGGGAUGUGUCACAUGAUUGUGUGAAGAAAGCUCCAAUAAGCGACUGUCUUCGGAGUGCAACCAACAUAGGCUCACGCACGGUGCAGGAGGCUGUGUGUUCAGAGUUGCUGAAUCGUCCGAACAUCUCCGUGUCUGUCUCUGCUGACGGGGCUCUGGAGGCCGAGGCACAGGGGGUCCGGGUGCUGCUCGGCUCAGACUUCAGCGUCAUAUGCUCCGUUGAACCACAGUAUCCAGGAGGCAUCUUCCAGCUCAUCUCUAACACUCCCAACCCUGAGAACCUCACCCUGCCAGCCGUCAAUCACACCGCCCACUUCCUGUUCUCUGACGCUGGUCCCGCCCACCGAGGAGGAUACACCUGUGUUUACCACCUGCACGUGUUCAACCACAACUUCUCGUCUCAGAGCCUCACCCUGCAGCUCUCUCUUGGAGCGUCUGACUUCCAGCUCAUCAUAAGAGUGCUGAUCUUAGUCCUGUUGAAGCUUAUUUACAUACCUGCCCUCUGCUGUUACUAUAAGGCCACCAGGGGGCAUGCUCGCUGAGGACGACUCAAUGCAGCUUUAUUCUCUAUGGAGUGCACAAAGUGUGUUUUUUUUCUUGAGUGUGCUGCAUUUUAUUCAACAGUACCAUAUUUUUCGAGCUAUUAGUCCUGCUCUUAAGACUCCAACCCCAUCAAAAAACGACCGCACGCCCCACAAUCCAGAGCACCCUAUACACGAAUCCACUCGGGUGUCCCAGCACGACUUCAGUAAACUACAAAGCCGCAAACACACACGGAGCAGACAACAACCGCACAACGAAAAACACCCACAGACACACUCAUCACUCCACGCCGACGAGGAACGGAAUGGAGGAACGAACCGAAAAAGCGAGUGCAAUGUGCCACUUCUAGACACGACUGAACAACUGAGUCACUGCGAACACGCCGACAAUCCGUGGUCCCAGACACACCCUCCCUACACGCCACAACUGAACAAAGCCCAGAGUCACCGUGAACGAACAAACAAACAAAACCACUCACCCAUCCACAGUGUUGGGAAGGUUACUUUUAAAAUGUAUUCCCCUACAGAUUACAGAUUACAUACCCCAAAAUGUAGUUUGUAACAGAAUCCAUUAAGUUAUUUAAAGUGAGUAACGUAAUCUGAAUACUUUGGAUUACUUGAUAUUGUCAUGCUUUUUAAAACUACAUGGAUGUAGCAACCACAUCCUGAAAAUUCUUAUUAUGUUCAGUCUUUACUUAACUAAAAAUUAUAUUGUUUAUGUUAUAAAUAUUAUUGAUAGAGAAAUGUUUUCUAUAUGAGAUCACAAUUAUGUCCACCUACUGUUAGGUGUCAUGUUGCAUUUGUUUAGUCCUAGUUUAGUCCUGGAUUAGUCCUGGUUUAGUCCUAGUUUAGUCCUGGUUUAGUCCAGGUUUUAGUCCUGGUUUUAGUCCUGGUUUAGUCCAGGUUUAGUCCUGGAUUAGUCCUGAUUUAGCUCAAAAUGUGAAAACAGGAAAAUACCGCUGUGUAAUACAUUUAUUUCAACAAAGUAACUGUAAUUCAAUUACCACUCACUGAAACAGUAACUGUAACUGAAUACAGUUACUCAUAAUUUGUACUCUGAUUACAUAACUCCGGUACAUGUAAUCCGUUACUCCCCAACACUGACCCAUCCAACUGCUGUGUUUCAUUUAAAGUCAAGUGUGGUUUAUUUGUAAAAAAAAUAAGUUUAAAAAACAGAUCAUUUAAUGACGUUUUAUAAU